AUGACCCCUAAGCCUGCCCGAACCCCAGACGGGGGCUGGGGCUGGGUGGUGGCAGCUGCAACCUUCACGGUGAAUGGGCUCUCCUACGGGCUGUUACGUUCCCUGGGCCUCGCCCUCCCCGAUCUCGCGGAGCACUUUGACCGAACCUCUCAGGACACAGCGUGGGUCAGCGCCCUGGCUCUAGCCGUGCAGCAGGCAGCCAGCCCAGUGGGCAGCGCCCUGAGCACCCGCUGGGGGGCGCGCCCAGUGGUGAUGAUUGGGGGCAUUCUCACCUCACUUGGUUUCGUCUGCUCGGCUUUCUCUGGCAGUCUGCUGCACCUCUACCUUGGCCUGGGCGUCCUCUCUGGCUCCGGCUGGGCCUUGGUGUUCGCCCCUGCCCUCGGAACCCUCUCUCAUUACUUCUCCCGCCGUCGAGUCUUGGCCGUGGGACUGGCACUUACCGGCAACGGAGCUUCCUCGCUGCUCCUGGCGCCUACCUUGCAGCUCCUCCUGGAUACUUUCGGCUGGCGGGGCGCCCUGCUCCUCCUUGGCGCCAUUACCCUCCACCUCACCCCCUGCGGUGCCCUGCUGCGACCCCUGGAGCUCCCUGGCGACCUCCCAGCCCCACCCCGCGGGCCCCUCGCUGCCCUAGGCCUGGGUCUCUUCACGCGCCGAGCCUUCUUAAUUUUUGCUCUGGGUACCGCCCUGGUUGGGGGCGGGUACUUCGUCCCCUACGUGCAUUUGGCCCCUCACGCUUUAGACCAGGGCCUGCGCGGGUACAGCGCCGCACUGGUGGUGGCGGUGGCUGCGGUGGCAGAUGCGGGCGCCCGGCUAGUCAGCGGGUGGCUGGCAGACCAGGGCUGGGUGCCCCUCCCACGGCUGCUGGCGGUGUUUGGGGCUCUGACAGGUCUGGGGCUGCUGGCCUUGGGGCUGGUGCCGGUGGUGGGGAGCGAGGAAAGCUGGGGGGGCUCUCUACUAGCUGCAGCGGGGGCCUACGGGCUGAGCGCUGGCAGCCUCGCCCCGCUGGUUUUCGGAGUGCUCCCGGGGCUAGUGGGCCUCGGAGGUGUCGUACAGGCCACGGGGCUGGUGAUGAUGCUGAUGAGCCUCGGUGGGCUUCUGGGCCCUCCGCUGUCAGGCUUCCUAAGGGAUGAAACAGGAGAUUUCACCGCCUCCUUCCUCGUGUGCGGCUCCUUGGUCCUGUCCGGCAGCUUCAUCUACUCGGGGCUGCCUGGGGCGCUGCCCGCCUGCAGCCCAGCCUCCGGAGGAGCCACUCCUCCCCCUGAGAGCGGCGAGUUGCUCCCAGUUCCUCAAGUUGCCCUGCUCUCCCCAGCAGCCCCUCUUGCCACUCGGGAGACUACUUGUUGACCAUUUUCUUUUGGUUUAAGCCUACCCCCCAAUAAAAAAAAUUCCCAAUUUUCCUGCAAGAUCCCAUUGUUAGCCAAUCUAAGACACUGACAACUUUCUACUUAAGAUAUUCA